UGCAAAUUCACAUUUGGCUGUAUUUAACCAUCUUUUUUUCUUGACUGAAAUUACACCCCGAAUCUCUCUCUCUCUCUUUCAUCCCAAUUUGGUUUCUUCCACGCAGGGUUUCUCUCCUUCCACCGUUUUCUCCUCCUCAUUCACAAUUUUCAAUUCAAUAAGGGUUUUUUUUCCCUUCGUUUCCUUUGAAUCGCUUUCAGGGGAUGUAAUUUCAUCUCUCUCGAUUGAAUUUUGGAAUUAGGGUUCCGCGUUUUACUCCAAAGGCCGUCCAUUGUUGCUGGAAUUUCAGGCUUUUGGAGCUUCUUGGUCAAAGGUUCUUCCAUCUUUUGUCAUUUUCCGCCACAAACAAUAAAAAAAUAAAAAGGUCAACGAAUUAUUGGUGGUGAGUUGUGGGCUGAGCCUGCAACCAUUGUUAGAAACUGGAGAUAUCGCAAUGUUGGGUGUCAAUCGUAGUGAUUUCAAUUUCUUUAGCGGUUUUCUCCACCUAGCUGAAUGGCAUCCCUUAGAAUAGCGAUGUUAUAUUGGGCUUGAAGCCCUUCCUUUACUCUCAUAAAAGGGUCAGCAGAGAAGUUAGUUGUUAGGAGGAUAUUUGCUUUGGCCAUUUGGGGUGAGUUAGAUUGAUGCUGUGAUGGUUGAUUAUAGGAGUUUUUCAUUUACUAGAAUGAUUGGCUGCUGGAGUUGCUUCGGGUUGAUAAAAAAACCGAGGCGUCAACGUACUAAGCGCGGCAUCAACAAUUUUCUCUCCCAAGGGCUAUUGACGGAUGGAGAAACUGAAGGGGAUGAAGUUUCGUAUAGUGGUGACUAUACUAGUAACACCACCAGUGGAGAUGAUAGUGAGGUGCAAAAUUUACCCAAUCGUUCAGAGGAUAUUUUGAAUUUUAGAGCAGAGAAUGGCAUGAUUUGUAGGCCUUUUCCUGUUAAAGAGACUGUCAAGCUUGUUCGUUCGGAGGAUGACAAUGGGAACAAGAUGUUAAAUGAGUAUAUUCGAGAGUAUAAGAUUGGUUCUGGAAGCUAUGGCAAAGUGGCUCUUUAUGAAAGUAGUGUUGAUGGACAUCAUUAUGCAAUUAAGUCCUUUCAUAAGUCUCACUUACGGAAACUUCGAGUUGCUCCAUCUGAGACUGCCAUGACUGAUGUUCUACGUGAGGUACUUAUCAUGAAAAUGCUGGAACAUCCUAAUAUAGUUAAUCUCAUCGAGGUGAUUGAUGACCCAGAGUCAGAUGACUUCUACAUGGUACUUGAAUAUGUGGAAGGCAAAUGGGUUUGUGAGGGUUCAGGUCGUCAAUGUGCCUUAGGUGAAGAGACUGCUAGGAAAUACAUGCGUGAUAUAGUCUCGGGAUUAACAUAUCUUCAUGCUCAUAAUAUAGUUCAUGGGGAUAUAAAACCUGAUAAUUUGUUGAUUACUCGCAAUGGGACAGUAAAGAUAGGGGAUUUCAGUGUCAGCCAGGCUUUUGAGGACGGUAGUGAUGAACUUCGUCGAUCACCUGGCACUCCUGUUUUCACGGCACCAGAAUGUUGUUUAGGCCUUACUUAUCACGGUAAAGCUUCUGACACGUGGGCAGUAGGAGUUACUUUGUACUGUAUGAUAUUGGGUGAAUACCCAUUUCUCGGAGACACACUUCAAGAUACAUACGACAGAAUAGUCAAUAAUACUUUAGAACUCCCAGAUGACAUAAACCCGCAGUUAAAGAACUUAAUAGAAGGAUUGCUUUGCAAAGACCCAAGUCUAAGGAUGACUUUGGCUGAUGUUGCUGAGCAUGCUUGGGUUAUUGGAAAUGAUGGGCCAAUUGGUGAGUACUCGUGUUGGUGUAAACGCAAGAGCCUGGUGAGCGAAGACUUUGAGGAGAGCGAUGUGCUUGUUUGAACCACCUCACUCACUAAAUUAUUUGAAGUUGGGAUUUCUUAAUGUACACUGGCAAAGCCCAUUAAUCUUAUUUCGUUUAUAUAUCCGUUUUGACCCUAUGUUGGUAUGUUCUGAUUAUAGAGAAAGUCCCGAAGGAAACCUUGGAGUUAAAGAAAAUAGGUUCAUGUUUGUUGAAGAUAAUAAGACAAGUCUUUGUUUCUCUUAUGUUUUUGUUGUGAAGCAUUUGGAAAUUUGUGCUUAGGGACAGGGAGAAGUUGUUUUGGAUGAACUUAGAUAUUCACGGAUACUACUUAGAGAUUAAUUGUCUUAAAGCUACGGAAAUUUAUUUAAGGAGUUGAUUAAAGAAUGGUGUUAUGUUAUUUGCAUUUGAGCA